AUGAAUGCCUACGACGAGAUCUUGUCUAAAGUGCUGGACAAGUUGCUGGCAUCCAGGAACUGCAAGGUGGAUGACGAAGUAUUGCGUCAGUCGAUGCUGGAACUUUUGCGGAACAGGUUCCGUGACAUUGCCCAUCGGACCACCAAUUGGUCUAAUCACGCCGGGCGCAGUGCACCCAGCUACUUUGAUCUGGAGCGCAUCUUCAUCCUGAUGAACAUCCAUUUGGGCGGCCUCAAGUCCAUUUGCCAGGCCCAAACGGGUUCGCUGGCCAUGGUUGAAUGUCCAGCCCUGGAGACUCCGGACCAGGAUUUUCACAAGGGGCCACAAGCCAUGCUGAGUGGCACAAAGGCCAGGGAAUUGGCCUGUUCCUCGUACAUUCCGGACUAUUUGCCACCAUUUCCAGGGGCGCACACGUACAGGAAUACGCUUAUUGAGAAGACUACGGAUCGCAGCUAUGUGGCCGUGAGGAAUCGUCAUGCCGAGAACGAGCUAAGCACUCAAAAGGCCUUAAAUGGCUUCUACUUGAGGUGCAAUCCCAAGAUAUCGCUUUUCGAAAAUACCCAAGGCGACGCAAGUGGUCAUAUUUUGGAUCUAGGCGCGCCCAAGAAACUUCCUUACUCGGACGCCCUGAUGCCGCAAAGUCAGGUCUUUGAUACGGACAUCUAUGCUUCCAUGGAGGUGAUAACCCACAAAGCCCUCAACUGCCGCUUCUUGGAAGAGCCCAAGCUGCGUGGUUCACGCACAUCCUCUGAAAAUCGCGAAGGAGACGGCGAGGAAAUGGAGGAAUCCUGA